CGCCGGCGCCACAGCUGAUGCAUUCAUUCAUUCAACACUGAGGAGCAGAGCCAUAAAUUCACUCGACACCAUGUCCAGACGCAGUGGUCGCAUCACUUUGCAAGCCAGAGAUUCAAACACACCUGAGCCGGCCGCCAGAGCCCCCCUCAAGAAGAGGAAGUCUGAGCCUUCCAAGAAAAAACUCCAACCUGCUGCCAAGAAACAAAGCUAUGAAAUCCAGAAGUGUUGGUCGGAAGAUGGAGCGAGUCCGUGCGUCCUCAUCGAAACCCCCCACAAAGAGCUGGAGCCUGCAGAUUCAUCCAGCUUCAAACAGUACAGAUUCAAGAACCUCUUCAUCAAGGCCUCCCCCAUCCCUCGUCUCAGCUGGGCCAGCUCAGACGACGUGUGGAUCAAGAUGCUCAACAAGGAGCUGAAGUACGUCCACGACAAGAGUUACCUGCAGAGGCAUCCCAAGCUGCAGCCCAAGAUGAGAGCCAUCCUGCUGGACUGGCUGUUCGAGGUGAGUGAGGUGUACAGCCUCCACCGGCAGACGGCCUACCUCGCUCAGGAUUACUUCGACCGCUUCAUGCUGACGGAGGAGGACGUCAGCAAAGAGCACCUGCAGCUGCUCGGAAUCACGGCGCUCUUCAUCGCCUCCAAGAUAGAAGAAAUCUACCCUCCGAAAAUCUUUGAGUUCGCCUACGUCACAGAUGGAGCCUGCGACAUGUGGGACAUCCAGAGCACGGAGCUUCACAUGCUAAAGGCGUUGGACUGGAAUCUGUGUCCCGAGACGCCCAUCUCCUGGCUGAAGCUGUACGCUCAGGUCGAAGCCCAGACGGACGGAGAGAACUUCCUGGUGCCGCACUUCUCGCAGGAAACGUACAUCCAGAUCACGCAGCUGCUCGACCUGUGCAUGAUGGACGUGGACUCGUUGGACUACAGCUACAGCGUUCUGGCUGCCGCUGCCUUCUGCCACUUCUCCACGUUUGACGUCGUCCAUAAAGUUUCAGGCCUGACGUGGGACAGCGUGGCGCCGUGUGUUCGGUGGAUGACUCCCUUCAUGGACACGCUGCGAUCUGAAGCCACGCCUCAACUGAAGGACUUCCCCAAAGUCAAAUCUGACGACAGACACAACAUCCAGACACACGUGUCGUACCUGGACCUGCUGAGAAAAGCUCAGAAUCGGCAGAUCCACCUCCCCGAACAUCAGAUGUCGCCCGUCCCCGCGGGAGCCAUCCUGACUCCGCCCAGCAGCACAGAGAAACCAGCCAAUCCCUGAACAGGACUCAGCCAGCGAGACACGCUCCCCCUCCGGUCUGACCCGCCGCGACGGCCGACCCGUCAGACCACACCAGCUCCUCGCCGAGCCGACUUCAUGUAGCACAGUUUUUGUUUUGUUUUCUAACACUAAGUCGGGACGCUGAUGUCCGUCCGUCUUUUUAUUCGUUUGGUUUUAGAAAACUGCAGGAAAUGCAGCUUUUAGGCCAAUUUUCAAUUCACAGGUUAACGACUCUGAGUCGUUUGCGCGGCAGCGGGGGGGCUCGCAGACUCGCCUGCGGGGGCGGCAGAGGUGGCGUCGAGACGCUGACGGGGAGGCCAUGUUUUGUUUUUAUCCGGGGGGGUUUCCACUGGUGCUACUCUUGAAAUCGCGGCUCGCAUGCUUUCAGAUGGUGCUUCAGUCAGAUUCUCAGGAAACUGGAAACGAGGAAGAGCUCAUUUCCCACAUCGAUGAAAUUAAAGUGUUUGAAUUAUUCUCUCCUAAAAGCCGCCAGUGUGAACUUUAGAUGAACAAACGAUUCUCAACGUGAGCCAUAGGAAGAGUUUUAUUUCUGCGGGACGUCCCGGAACCUGCAGGUGUUUGAACGCACCUGGCCUGUUCCUGUGGAUCAAUAAUUCCCUUUUUUUAUUAUUAUAGCUGCAACCUGGUUGCACGGUCUUGUUACAUUCCUGGAAAACUUGAGUUGCAAUGAAAAAAAACUGCCAACGACUGUGCAAAGUUUUCAUUUUUCAGUGCUUGUAUUUAUUGAUGAGCCUUCGUGUGUUUUAAAACGUGUUGAUAUGUAAAAACAAAAUGUUCCAGUGAUGAAUGAGCUCCGUGUGAUCACUGCCAAAGGCCAAGCUAUUUAGGACUUAGCUCUGUGACACCUGUUGUUGAAUUGCCUGUCCUCUUCGUGCCUUUUUAAAUAAAGAUUAACUGUACGGCUACUUAAUUUAAGCUAGAACGAGCCAAAAGGCUGCUGAGAGAUGAAACAACCUGUGACUGUAAACCUGAAUCCUCCACAGCUCAACGAAACUCUGCAGUGAACGACGAUGAACCGGCGUGUUCACGAAUGUAUGUCUGUAAAUAGAGCAAUUCACAAAUGUA